UGGUGCUUUUUGCUUCCGAACUACAACUCCCAGAAUCCUCGGCGGCCGGCGGUUGUUGUCAAGCGGUGGUUAUGGAGAUUCGGGCUCCGGGAGAAGACCCGGUGUGAAUGGCGGGCCGGUGUGUACCGGAAAGAGAUACCGGGGGGGCUGUGUGCUGCUGAGGAGAGAGACGUGCCCCGUACACCCCCCCAAUACACGCCACACAGCACCCCCUCCCCCAAUACCUACCAUAGAGACACCGGAGAGAGAGAGAGAGGAGCCCCGGGGACCGCCUGAGGUCUUCAGGAUGCCGCAUAAGAUCGGGUUUGUGGUGGUUAGCUCCUCCGGACAUGAGGACGGGUUCAGUGCCAAAGAGUUGAUGAUCCACGCCCCCACGGUGAACGGCUGGCGCUCCCCCAGGUUCUGUCAGUACCCUCAGGAGAUUGUGAUCCAUAUGGUGGAGAGAUGCCGGAUCCGGAAGCUGCAGCUCUUGGCUCAUCAGUACAUGAUCUCCUCCAAGAUCGAGUUCUACAUUUCCGAAAGUCUUCCGGAAUACUUCACUCCGUACCAGACCGAGCGAUUCCGCAGACUCGGGUACGUGGCUCUUUCUGAUAACGAGAAGACGGGAUACAAGGCCAGAGAGCUGAAGUCUGUCUAUGUGGACGCGGUGGGGCAAUAUCUCAAAGUCAUCUUCCAUAAGAACUACGCCAACAGAUAUAAUCUCUACAACCAGGUCGCCCUGAUUGCAAUAAAUAUAAUUGGUGACCCCGUGGACAUUAAUGAAGAAAACGUGCCAACCCGGGAGAAGAUCAUUGACCAAUACCUGGGGAGCAGCUUUGAAGACAGCGGCAUUGAUCCCGCGUUUACGGGGAAGCCGGAUGCGAUUUCUCCUCUGGAUGAUCUGGCCUUUGACAUGUACCAAGAUCCGGAGGUCGCCCAAAUAAUCCGCAAGCUGGACGAGAAGAAGCAGGAGGCCGUCCGCCACGAGCGCUACGACUACGCCAAGAAGCUGAAACAGGCGAUUGCCGACCUGCAGAAGGUGGGGGAGCGGCUCGGUCGCUAUGAAGUGGAGAAGCGAUGUGCGGUGGAGAAGGAAGAUUACGAUUUGGCCAAGCAGAAAAAGCAGCAGAUGGAAGAAUAUCGCCAGAAAGUUUAUCAGCAGUUGGAGCUCCACGAUCUCCUGGACAUCGCUCUGAUCCGCCGCGCUCCUCCGGAUUCCUCUCUGGAACCUCUGGAUCAUCCUUCCAGCCCCCAGCAGAAAGCGGCCUCCUCUCCUCCUCCGGAGAAGGAAAGAUCUUCAGAAAAGAAGACGAAAAAGGAGCGGCAGAUAUUCCAGGAGAAGACCCCCAAAGUCUCCUCACCCAAACCUCUUCCCCAGAUGCGUUCUCCUUCCCCUCCCCCAGCUCCAACCCCACCCCCCGCUUACCCUGUGCCCAACACCAAUAUGGAUGCGUUGCCCUAUGAUGAGCGACCUCUUCCAGCCCAGCGGAAGCAGAAGGAUGACGGCUUCUCUUACCUGGAGCCGGAGAUAAAUGAAGACUUUGCAGCCGAUUCCCCGAGAAGCAGAAUCACCGGAGAGCCGGAGCCCCUCACAGAGAAAGCCAUGAGGGAGGCCGGGUUCCCCAUCGAAGUGUUCGGCGAGGCUUUGGUUGCAGGCGCUUACUCGAAGACCUGGUCAUACAGGGAAGACGCCUUACUGGCCGUGCACAAAAAGCUCUCCGACAUGCCGAGUACGACCUCCAAGGAUGACCUGAAGAACAUCCUGAGGGCGGCCAUUUUCCUGGUCCGCAAAGCCAUCAAAGACAAAGUCACCUCUGUGUUCCAGGCCUCGCUCCGCCUCCUGAAAAUGAUCAUCACUCAUUAUAUCCCCAAACACAAGCUGGGCCGAGGGGAAACGGUGCAAUGCGUGGAGAAGACCCUCCCAGACCUGCUCUCCAGGACCGGCGACUCUGCAAACCGACACCGGGUCAUCGCCACCAACUUUAUUCAGGAAAUGGCGAUCUUUAAAGAAGUGAAACCUCUACAGAUGAUUCCCCUUCAUUUGGUUCAUCCCCUGAAGGGGACGAUGCCCUCAAGGUUGGCCCUCAGCCAGGUGGAGCUUCUGGAAAACCUGCUUAAGGAGCUGGGCGUGGACAACUCCGGCUUUACGGUGGACAACGUCAUGAAGUUUGCGUUGGGUGCGUUGGACUACACAAUGGCGGAGGUGCGUGACAAAGCUGUGCGCAUUAUCCUCUACUUGUACCAACUAAACCGCUCCCAGGUUCUGGAGCUCAUGCCGCUCGAUGACGCCGGAACUCGCAAAAACCUUCUCUACAAGACGCUGUUUGAUGGAUUCGCCAAAAUAGAUGGUCGUCCUACAGAGACCGAGCUGAAGGCACAGAAGAGGGUGGCGGCGGAGGAGGCGGAGCGGCAGAAGAAGGAGGAGAUCCGAGCUCUUCAGGAACAGCUGGCAGCUCUGAAGGAUAUUCAGUCUGAGGUUCAGACCGGCGGCAAGGGAAAAGAUCAAGCAAUCAAAUCAAAGCCGGACGAUCGUACUAAGAAAAUGUCCUUGUCGCCAAACGCAGAACCUGCUGAUGACAAUUCAACGGUUUCUAAUUACUUAGAUAACUUGUGCAUUUUCUGCGGGGAACGCGAUGAAUCUUUCACAGAGGAAGGAUUGGAUCUCCAUUACUGGAAACAUUGUCCAAUGCUGAGACGCUGCGAGCACUGCAAGCAGGUGGUAGAAAUUGCCAGUCUGACGGAUCACCUUCUGACCGAAUGCACUCACAAGGACUCGUUCGGAAAAUGCCAACGUUGCUCAGAGGCCAUAUCCAAGGACCAUCUGCUGGAGCACGUCAAAGCCAAGACUUGUAACCCUGCCAAAGGAGACAAAGUAGCAAACCGAUGUCCUUUGUGCCAUGAAAACUUUACACCUGGAGAAGAGGCCUGGAAAACCCACCUCAUGGGGAAAGAUGGAUGUAAAGCGAAUCCUCGCAGGACGCUGGCUCUUCAGAGAACACAGCAAGCGGGAUUGAAGGGAGGAACGACCGUCACUAAAACCGGGAUCCCAGGACCCAAGCAACGACCGUCCAUCACCGGCAGUAAAAUUCCGGCCCCGAGAGCCGGCCUCAAUAAGACUACGAAUAAACCGCAGCCCAAGCGAUGACGGCGGGGCGGGGGGGUCACCGAUUCACCAAUUCACCCGAUCCGAGAGACGGAAGGAAGCCGCGGCGUUCCCAUCACCGGAGAUCGUCUUUUAUCAUUCACCUCUUAUUACGCUCACCUGAUUGUGAGAUUUCUUUUAUAUUAUUUUAUAGGGUGUGAGAUAAUUUAUUCAGUGAUGAGAGAUAAUCUCUCAAUCUAAAGGCUUUGUGUAAAAAGAAGGGGCGGGGUUUCUAAAAGUGACCAAUCAGAUCCUUGCUUUCAUUUUUUAACUUGUGCUACAAAAUACAAGUAGAAUUCCCCCCCCCCUUCCAUGGAGAUCCAGACAAGAGGAGAAUUCUCCAGAUUAUAUGAUGAAAGGUCCACUCUGAUUGGUCAGUCUUAUGAUUGGCCUGACAUUUUCAGCAGGCUCUGGUCCGGUCAUGUGACCCCCCCCCCCCCUGUGUCAGUCAAAGGCUGCAAGGGAGAGGAGAGAGCGCUGACAACAGCUGGUAAAGCCUGGAAAGUGGUGACAUCACCUGUAAGCUCCCUUGUCCAAUCCGCUGCCGACGCUCCCUCCUCUCCCCUGCAGCUGACUAACGCAGGUUGUCAUGUGACUGGAGUAGAUUUUAGCUGAAAAUGAGUCCCGUUUCAGCCAGCAGCGACUGCAGAGGAGAGGAGAAAACGUUCCACAACGAAUGACCAUUCCUGGGAGCAGCGACAUCACCCAUUGGCUCCCCUAUUCCUUCCAUUGUUGGUGCUUCCUCCUCUCCCCUGCAGCCGCUGCCAAUACAGGGGAUCAUGUGACCAGACUGGAGUGGCCUGAAAUAGCGAAAUUUGUACAUCUUUCCUGGACUGGUUAGUUGGCGUUAUUAGGAGGGGGAGGGGAGAUUGUUAACAUUCGAUCUACAUUGUUAACAUUCGAUCUACACUGGAAUUCCACUUUAAAUUGAUAACCAUUAUACCGCAGAUGAAUUAAAGGGGUGCUCUGUGUCCUGAAAGAAAAGGAGAGUUCCCUACAUCCCUCCAGCAAACUGCAGAGAGACUUCUGUACCCCCCCCCCCCC